UCGUCAUGGAUGAUAUUGGGAUACAACAACGCUAUUUGAAGCUUACAAAAAGAUGCCUGAUCAUCAGUGGAAUUUGGCCUAAACAGACCAAGUCUAUGAAAAACAUACUUCGAUUUAUCGUCUACAUUACCACCGUUCCUUGUAUCAUGUCACAGAUAGCAUAUGUAGCAUGCUUUUUCAGCUUGACUGCUGUGGUAGAGCAGCUAUCAUUUUUACUGGCGAUGGUACUGGGGUUGUUUAAGCAAGGAGCUUAUAUCGUAAACGAGGAAAAAUUUAAAGGGCUUUUGAAUGGUAUGUUCAAUGACUGGGCAGUGGAUAGAUCGAAAGAGGAGCUUGCUAUUAUGACAUCGUACAUGGAAAGAGGAGCCCUUUUCGCGUCAAUUUAUUUGGCAAAUGCAUACAGCUGCACCGGUCUAUUCAUGCAAAUGCCAUGGUGGCCACGGAUUGCCGACCUCGUGAUGCCACUGAAUGAAUCUCGGCCUCGAGCGUACAUUUUUCCAGCUUAUUAUUUCAUUGACGAUACGGAUUAUUAUUACUGGAUAAUAACACACAUGAGUAUUGCAACUGUAUUAACUACGAUCGUCUAUAUCGCCUGUGACACUUGUUACAUAUAUGCUGUGCAACAUGCUUGCGGGUUAUUGGCUGUGGCUGGAUAUCGUUUCGAGCAAGCAGUCGAGGACAUUUCUGACGAAAGCAAAAUUGUAAAAAUGUCGAAGAAAACAUACAGAAGAGUGCGUUACUCGGUUGAGGGACAUGAUCGCGCAUUAAAAUAUGUAAGAGAAAUUGAAGACAUUCAUCGUGGUUAUCUUUUCUUUUGUAUGGGUAUUAUGGUUGCAGCCUUUAGUGGUACGUUAGUUAUGGUAUCAAGUAUGGAGAUUUGUAUGCAGUUCUAUCAGUGUUGCACCUUCUUAGUUGUUCAAUUGAUGCAUAUGUUUUUCCUGACACUUCAAGGACAAUUUGUAAUUAAUUCAAACGAUGAGACUUAUAAUAAAAUAUACGACGGAUUAUGGUACAAUGCCGUACCUAAAACGCAAAUAUUAUACAUCUUAGCAUUAAGAUCGAGCAUGACCCCUCCUCAAAUAACAGCCGGAGGUCUUAUUCCAAUGAACCUGCAAACCUUCGCAGACACGGCAAAUGUGGUGUGCUUCUUUAGUAUGGAUUCUUUAGUAGAUGAUAUUCCUUUCAUGACGGCAUUAUUCGCAUUACUAAGUAAACAAUGGACUUAUGUUGUUAAGGAGAAGAAGUUCAAAUUGCUUCUGGAUGGAAUAUAUGAGGAUUGGGCGAUAGACAGAUCGAAAGAAGAACUUAAUAUUAUGACGACGUACGCCAUAAGAGGAGCUUUUCUUACAUCUUUUUACGUAGGGAAUGCCUACUUCUGUGUGUUUGUAUUUAUUAACCUACCGCAUAUACCACGAAUUUUGGAUAAAAUAACACCACAAAAUGAAACGCGAAAUCGAUUGUUCAUUUAUCCGGCUUAUUACGCGAUCGACGAAGAGAAAUACUAUUAUGCUAUAAUGGCACAUAUGUCUUUAACAAUAAUAUCAGCGCUGGUUGUGUACUCUGCUUGCGAUACGAUGUAUAUGUUCCUGGUGCAACAUGCUUGCAGUUUAAUGGCUGUGUCAGGGUAUCGUUUCAAACACGCGAUCGAUUUUUCUAUUGAUGAAAAGGGGAAAAAUGUUGAUACUCCUAAUGAGAUACAUCGGAAGGUGUGUUACGCGGUUCAGGGACACGAACGAGCCAACCUAUAUCUGAAAGAAAUUGAGAAUAUCCACUUUCAUUAUCUCCUCAUUUCUAUGAUCCUGGUAAUGAUAGCUGUCACAGUUACGUUAUUUAAGAUAUCGACAAUGAAAAUUAGCACGGAGUUCUACAAAUAUUGCAGCUUCCUAAUCGUUCAGCUAAUGCACAUAUUUUUUCUAUCGAUUCAAGGACAGUUCCUCGCGAAUGUAAACGACGAGAUCUAUGACAAUAUAUACGAAGCUAUGUGGUAUAACGCUCCGGUCAAAACGCAAGCGUUAUACGUGUUGGUGUUAAGGAAAGCCCUGACUCCUCUUGAACUAACUGCCGGUGGUUUUGUUACGAUGAAUUUGCAGAGUUUCGCAGAUGUAAUCAAAACUUCCGUUUCGUAUUUUACGGUGUUGAAGAGUUUGCAAUGAACUGAUAGGAACAGCAAAGCAAUGAUGUAUGAUAAAU